AGGGUGGAUUCAGAGGGUCCUUCAAAUUCUGUGAAUUGGGACAGUACUUCGCGCACCGCGAUGACGUAUGUGGCCGACGAAUCCGCACUUCGAAGUGUGCAGACCCUGAAUUGGGACACACACAGAUUCUAUCAUUCAGCUGCUUUAAUCCUUUAGUUCAUGUCCAACAGGCUUCUCCACUUCAGCCCUCUGAUUCCCUUGAAAUGAACUUUUCUUUCCAUCCAUAACAAAACCUGAUAAGCAGCAGAAAAGGUGAGACGAGAAUCUCCAACACCCGCUUUUACGGUACAGUAGUUUAUUUAUUUAUGUUAUUAUGUUUUCUAUUACAUUCUAUCAGAGAUUUAUUUAUUGAGGUGCCUAUUGCAAGCAAUUCAUUUUCUCCAAAUCUUCGACCAAUAAAAUAGAAAAAAUGAAACGCUAUAGUAGCUAGUAAGUGUAAACAGACGUUUCUUUUGGUUUUAUUUUCUCCCUUUCUUUUGAAAUGUUGCGCAAUCUUUACAGUAAACCGUGUGUUUUCACCGGAAAUAUUCUGGCACAAGAAACCAGCUGCCACAGUAAACGUUUACCUCUUUAUUCCCAACAUUAAAGAGAUCGCGGCUGAACUAUUUGACUGAAGAAAAUGGAGCUGAAGCGGUCCUCUCGUCGCUGGAUGACUUUAAUGAUGCUUUUUAUUCUGGGGAACGUCUCAACUUCAUCCGCAUCUGAAGAUACAAUGGAUUUGCAGCUGGACUGUUACAAUGACUGUGAGAGGAUGUUUUGUCGUUUCCAGCCACAGGAGCAAAGCUGCAGCGACUACAAUCUGAAUCUAAGUAACCCUUUAGCUUUCGGGGACAAUGAAAAGGAGAAGAAUUGUGUUUUACAGUACGAUACUGGGCUGUGUUGUUGCUCUGCUGGAAUUGAGUUUGUCAUUCGGGAGAUUUAUAACGUAACAGUUAGGAAAAGAGGAAAAAUCAUGGAAGUGAAAGUAAUCGACCUCAUACGCAGCUUGAAGCCCAAAAUUCCAACAAUCACCUCAGUGAAUGAAUCCAAUGGGAAUUUUGAAGUAAGGUGGAGGACGAACAUGGAGAACUGUCCCAUUCCUGAAUACUCUGCUGAUGUAACUUACUGGAGAAAAGGAGACAAACAGGUAACACAUCAUAAUUUUAACAAAGACUAUGUAAACAGUGCUUACUAUCAAAUACCUGCUCAAGACCUGGAGCCAAGCACAACAUAUGUGGUCAGUUUGAGAAGCUUUCAAGAUCAGAGUGGCAGGUUCAGUGACAGUAGUGAAGAGUGGGAAUUUACAGCUGCUGCCAAACCUCAGUCUCCGCUCAUUGUUGCGACUAUCAGCCUCAGUUUUGCUGCUGUCAUCGUCACUACUGCUGCAUUUGGUUGUUAUGUGAAGUUGAAAGCUAAAUGGAAGAAAAGCAUUGCAUUGUGUCCAGUGCCAGUUCUUUUGGAAAUGCGUUUGGGUAAACAAGAGCUUUUAAAACCAACAGAAGUCAGCGUCUGCCUCGUCGCCAUUGAUCCUGUAGUUCAAAAAGACAGUCCAACAAGCUUGGAGACGUCAUCGAAGGACCCCAACAGCAAGAGUCAGCAGCAAAGCAAUGGAGUCUGCGCUCACUCAUUCUCUUUCAGUUCUGUUGACGUGGAGGCUGAAAUCCAGAAAGCCCUCAGGGAAAAGUUAGGCCAUCUUUUGCCAGCAUCUUCAGUGACCAGCAGUCAGCCCACAGGACCAAACACAGACAGUCGAUUUCCUUUUGACGUUUCAACUAAUGACUCACACAGUUCUCCUGAAUGCAUCUGCUUUGACAAUCUGACGUAUUCCUCUCGUGUUGGAUCAAAACAGAGCACUUCUCAGACUGAGAAAGUAACGGUUGACUCUGCAUACCACCGCAAUGAGAGUAACCCUUGGGACCAGCAUGCUCCAACUUGUCAGGUUUCUACAGAGCAAGUUCUUGUACCAAAAGUGGCUUCCUCUCUUGUGAUGACAGACUUGUCAUAUCAAAUGUCUAGUGUAAACUCAGGAGCAUUUUCACUUGUACAUGACUCCAGCUUGUCUUCCGUCUCUUGUGACAUUAACACAACCGCAUCUUGUGAUCUUGUGCCCAGUGCUGAAGCUGCUGGUGAUAGCUCUGAUUCUGGUGUGAUGAAGCUUAAUGAUAAAAAAGAAGAUGGCGCCUUCUGUUACAGAGAGCCUUGCUUCGAACCAUAAGCCUGCAGGACCACUCGGCCUCUCUGUGGAUGACGACUAUCAGCCAUUUCCAAAUAUAAUGGGGCAGCCAAGUGUUUUAUUUUCCCAGGAAAAAAGUUUCAAACAGAAGGAAAUCUCUAAGGACUUGUUGAAUUCAGUUGUUCCAGAUUUAAUUAAUGUUUCCCAGACUCAGUGUUUCUCUGAACUCCAAAAACCUUCUGACUCUUUAUUGUCUGCUCAGUCUGUGCCACUGAUCACAGACAGUGGCUAUCGCAGUGUGUAGUUUAAUGACCAUGAUGUAGGUUUUAACACAAAUUUUUAAACUGAUAAAUGACUGAUGUUUCAAGUUAUCUUUAUAUCUGAUGGUGAUUUUUACGUUAAAUCUAUAAAUAAAUUAAGUUUACUUUUGCUCAGAUCAGGGGCGUUACCAGCC